AUGUCGUCUACAAAUAAUAUGUACAGGUUGAUGAUUCUUUUGGAGGAAGAAAUUGGAGAACCAGAUUUAAAGGACGGGAGCAUAGAUGAGGCGACUGAAACCGAGACGAAAGAUGUCCAUAAUUCAGAUGAAGAAAAAAAUGUUAAAAAAAUGCACGAGUUCAUUGAAGAAUUAAUAUUGCCGUUCGGAACUGAAGAAUUGGAUCUAUUAAACGAGUGGUUUGACAAAUUUGAUGAAGAAAUUUGUAUACCGAAUGAAGGUCACAUCAAAUAUGAAAUUACAAGCGAUGGUUUAAUCGUUUUACUGUUGGAUAAGGAAAUCGAGGAUGUAGUUGGAGAAAUUAAAAAAUUCAUCGAAACUAAUCAGUAA